UAAGCAAUUGUGCAACAACUGGAUCUACAUCUGCAACCCCUCAUCAUUCUUCUAAUCUUCUCCCAUUUCUAUAUUCACCAUUUUAAUCUCUCUCUUUCUCUCUCCUAAACCCUUUGUUCCGAUGCGAUGUCGACGUCGCAUCGUUCUCCGUACAACAUUAUCCCAAUCCAUGACCUCCUAGCCGACCACCCUUCUCUCCGUUACCCCGAAGUCCGCGCCGCACAAUCCGCCCUUCGAACCACCGGCGACCUCCGCAAACCACCCUACAUCCAAUGGGACCCCCAUUACGACCUCAUGGAUUGGCUCGGCCUCUUUUUCGGUUUCCAGUCCGACAACGUCCGGAACCAAAGGGAACACCUCGUACUCCACUUGGCCAACGCCCAAAUGCGUCUCCAACCCCCUCCUGACAAUAUCGACUGUCUCGACUACGCUGUCCUCCGCCGCUUUCGCCGUAAGCUUUUGAAGAAUUAUACCCUUUGGUGCGGCUACCUUGGCCGGAGAUCUAGCGUCUGGAUCGUUGAAAGCCGUCGACGAGAUGGGGAUUUACGGCGGGAAUUACUGUAUGUGGCUCUUUAUCUGCUUGUUUGGGGUGAGUCUGCUAAUUUGAGGUUUGUUCCUGAGUGUUUGUGUUAUAUAUUUCAUCAUAUGGCUUUGGAAUUGAACAAAAUUUUGGAGGAUUACAUUGAUGAGAAUACUGGGAGGCCUUAUAUACCUAGUAUUACCGGGGAGAAUGCUUAUUUGAAUAGUAUUGUGAAACCCAUUUAUGAUACAAUUAGUAAAGAGGUGGGGAAUAGUGGGAAUGGGACUAACCCUCAUAGCGCAUGGCGAAAUUAUGAUGAUAUUAAUGAGUAUUUUUGGAGUAGGAGGUGUUUUGAGAAGUUGAAGUGGCCUAUUGAUGUUGGGAGUACUUUCUUUGUGGUGCAAGGGAGGAAGAGGCAUGUGGGUAAAACCGGGUUUGUCGAGCAACGUUCCUUUUGGAAUUUGUAUCGUAGUUUCGAUCGUUUGUGGGUGAUGUUAGUGUUGUUCUUGCAAGCUGCGAUUAUUGUUGCUUGGGAGCAGGAGAUUAAUAAUAGAGGGUACCCGUGGUCUUCGUUGAGGCAUAGGGAUGUUCAGGUCAAGUGUUUAACUGUGUUCUUGACAUGGAGUGUGAUGAGGUUUGUACAGUCCCUUCUUGAUAUUGGAAUGCAGUAUCGUUUGGUUUCAAGGGAGACUUUGAUGGUUGGAGUUAGGAUGUUAUUGAAGUGUGUUACUGCUGCUGUGUGGGCAAUUGUGUUUGGGACUUUUUAUGCAAGAAUAUGGACGCAGAGGAACAGUAAUAGGAGUUGGGCUGGUGCUGCUGAAAGGCAGAUAACUAAUUUUCUGUUGGCUGUCGCGGUGUUUGUACUUCCUGAGGUAUUGGCUUUGGUUCUGUUUAUCAUCCCCUGGGUUCGCAAUUUUGUGGAGGAGACGAAUUGGAAGAUAUUUUAUAUGUUUACUUGGUGGUUUCAGACCAGAAUAUUUGUGGGCCGUGGACUGAGAGAAGGCCUUGCAGAUAAUAUUAAGUACACUCUGUUCUGGAUUUUGGUGCUUGCUUCCAAGUUUGUGUUUAGUUACUUCCUACAGAUCAGGCCUAUGAUUAGACCGACACGUAUUCUGGUGAACCUUACGCAAAUUAGAUAUGAGUGGUAUGAGUUCUUCCAUGGCAGCAACAGAUUUGCAGUUGGGCUUUUGUGGCUUCCUGUAGUUUUGAUUUACCUAAUGGACUUGCAGAUAUGGUAUUCUAUCUAUUCAUCCUUUGUUGGUGCAGCAGUGGGGUUAUUUUCUCACCUGGGUGAGAUCCGAAAUAUGCAGCAGUUAAGGUUGAGAUUUCAGUUCUUUGCUAGUGCGAUUCAAUUCAACCUCAUGCCUGGAGAGCAGCUGUUGAAUUCAAGUGGGAUUAAAAACAAAUUUAAGGAUGCAAUCCAUCGGUUGAAGCUCAGGUACGGGCUUGGCCGCCCUUAUAAAAAGCUUGAGUCUAGCCAGGUGGAGGCAAAUAAGUUUGCUUGGGUAUGGAAUGAGGUGAUAAGUAUUUUCAGGGAAGAGGACAUCAUCAGUGACAAAGAAGUUGAGCUGCUGGAGCUGCCUCAGAAUACUUGGAAUGUUAGGGUCAUUCGUUGGCCUUGUAUACUUCUCUGCAAUGAGCUGCUUCUGGCACUUGGUCAGGCAAAAGAGCUGGUUGACGCGCCUGAUAGGUGGCUUUGGCAUAAGAUAUGCAAGAAUGAGUACCGCCGUUGUGCUGUGAUAGAAGCAUAUGACGCUGUAAAGCAUUUGCUGCUUGCAAUUAUUAGACAGGGUACAGAAGAACAUUCUAUCCUCAUGGUCAUGUUUCAAGAAAUCGAUCACGCUAUUGAGAUAGAAAAGUUCACCAAGACAUAUGAUUUGAAUUCAUUGAGAAAGAUCCAUGAGAAACUGGGUGCUCUUGUGAAGAUGCUGAUCCAACCAAAGAAGGUUGAUCUCAGCAAGGUAGUGAAUGCAUUACAGGCCCUUUAUGAGACUGCUAUACGGGACUUUUAUAUAGAGAAGAGAAAUAUGGAGCGCCUGAGGGAGGACGGAUUGGCUCCUCGGUCUGUAUCUGGAAAGAGCCUGCUUUUUGAGAAUGCGAUUGUGUUGCCCAGUGAGGAUAAUGAGUCUUUUUACAGGCAGCUCCGACGUUUGCACAUCAUUCUUACUUCCAAGGACUCCAUGCACAAUGUCCCUAAGAAUCUUGAGGCGAGACGGAGGAUUGCCUUCUUCAGUAAUUCUCUCUUCAUGAAUAUGCCUCAUGCCCCGCAGGUGGAGAAAAUGCUGGCUUUUAGUGUUCUGACACCUUAUUAUAGUGAAGAGGUUUUGUAUAGCAAGGAACAACUUCAAAAGGAGAAUGAAGAUGGGGUUUCUACCCUAUUUUAUUUGCAGACUAUAUAUAAGGAUGAGUGGGAAAAUUUCAUAGAGCGUAUGCAUCGGGAAGGUAUGACAAAUGAUAAAGAAGAUUGGGAAUCUAAGCUGAGAGACCUUAGGCUUUGGGCGUCCUAUAGAGGUCAGACACUUGCUCGCACUGUCAGGGGAAUGAUGUAUAAUUACCGUGCCCUAAAAAUGUUGGCCUUUCUUGAUUCGGCAUCUGAGAUGGACAUUAAGGAGGGGGCACUGGAGCUUGCUACUGUGAGACAGAACAGUGGUUUGGGUGGUUUUGGCUCUGCAAGGCUACCGUCUUCAAGAAGUGAUAGGAGUCUGAGUCGAGCCAGCAGUUCUAUCAGUGAACUGUACAAAGGUCACGAGUAUGGUACUGCUCUAAUGAAAUUUACCUAUGUGAUUGCAUGCCAGAUAUACGGUACGCAGAAGGCAGAGAAGAAGCCCCAGGCUGAGGAAAUACUGCAGUUGUUAAAGCUGAAUGAAGCCCUUCGUGUUGCUUAUGUUGACGAAGUUUCCACAGGAAGGGAUGAGAAAGAGUACUACUCUGUCCUGGUAAAGUAUGAUCAGCAGUUGGAACAGGAGUUGGAGAUCUACCGAAUCAAGUUACCUGGUCCUAUUAAACUUGGAGAAGGCAAGCCAGAAAAUCAGAACAGUUCCAUUAUUUUUACUCGUGGGGAUGCUAUCCAAACGAUUGAUAUGAACCAAGAUAAUUAUUUCGAGGAGACUCUCAAGAUGCGGAAUCUGCUGGAAGAAUUCAGGCAUAAGCAUGGUAUUCGAAAACCUACAAUUUUGGGGGUCCGUGAGCACAUAUUUACCAGUGGUGUUUCUUCGAUUGCUCGGUUCAUGUCAGCCCAAGAAAUGAGCUUUGUGACCUUGGGCCAACGUGUUCUUGCCAAUCCUUUGAAAGUUCGAAUGCAUUAUGGUCAUCCUGACGUCUUUGAUAGAUUUUGGUUCAUGACUCGUGGAGGAAUUAGUAAAGCAUCCAGAGUCAUUAACAUCAGUGAGGAUAUCUUUGCUGGCUUUAAUUGCACACUCCGGGGUGGUAAUGUCACGCACCACGAAUAUAUUCAGGUAGGCAAGGGAAGGGAUGUCGGCCUGAACCAGAUAUCAAUGUUUGAGGCUAAAGUGGCCAGUGGAAACGGUGAGCAAGUUCUCAGCAGAGAUGUAUAUCGGCUAGGUCAUAGGUUGGACUUUUUCAGGAUGCUGUCAUUCUUUUACACUACAGUUGGUUUCUUUUUCAACACGAUGAUGGUAGUUCUGACCGUUUAUGCAUUUUUGUGGGGGCGCCUAUACUUGGCUCUAAGUGGGAUAGAAGCUUCUGUUGAAGCAGAUGCUACCAAUAGUAAUGCAGCACUUGGUACAAUCUUAAAUCAGCAGUUCAUCAUCCAGAUGGGUCUGUUCACUGCUCUUCCGAUGGUUGUAGAAAAUUCUCUAGAACUUGGAUUUCUCAGUUCUAUCUGGGACUUCAUUACCAUGCAGCUACAGCUUUCAUCUGUUUUCUUCACAUUUUCAAUGGGUACUCGUACCCACUACUUCGGUAGGACAAUUCUACAUGGAGGUGCCAAGUAUCGUGCUACUGGUCGUGGCUUUGUUGUGCAGCAUAAAAGUUUUGCAGAAAACUACCGACUUUAUUCCCGUAGCCAUUUUGUGAAAGCAAUUGAGCUGGGGCUGAUACUCAUAGUGUAUGCUGGAUUCAGCCCUGCCGCAAAAGGCACGUUUGUGUACAUAGCACUGACCAUAUCAAGUUGGUUCCUGGUGAUAUCUUGGAUUCUAGCUCCAUUUCUGUUCAAUCCCUCAGGUUUUGAUUGGUUAAAAACUGUGAAUGACUUUAGUGAUUUCAUGAACUGGGUCUGGUAUAGUGGUGGGGUUUUUGUGAAGUCUGAGCAGAGUUGGGAAGCUUGGUGGAAGGAGGAGCAGGAUCAUCUGAGGACAACUGGUUUAUGGGGGAAGCUCCUUGAGGUGAUACUGGAUCUUCGUUUCUUCUUUUUCCAGUUCGGAAUCGUAUAUCAGCUGGGUAUUGCUGCUGGAAGUAGGAGUAUUCUUGUUUAUUUGCUGUCAUGGAUCUAUGUUUUUGCUGCUAUUACGAUAUUUGUUGUCACUACAUAUGCCCGAAACAAAUAUUCUGCAAAAGAUCAUAUCUACUACCGUCUCAUCCAGUUCCUGGUUAUUGUCUUGAUAGUUCUCGUGAUAGUGGUGUUGCUGAAGUUCACUAGUCUGGAAAUUGUUGACUUGUUUACAAGUUUCUUGGCAUUUAUUCCUACUGGCUGGGGAAUUAUUUCUAUUGCUCUUGUGCUUCGAGGAUUUAUACACAAAACUGUUCUUUGGAAGGUUGUUAUGGCCAUGGCUCGUCUAUAUGACAUCAUGUUUGGUGUGAUUGUUAUGACUCCUCUUGCAUUUCUCUCUUGGAUGCCUGGUUUCCAGUCAAUGCAGACAAGAAUCUUAUUUAAUGAAGCCUUCAGUAGGGGUCUACGGAUAUUCCAGAUUUUAACGAACAAGAAAGCAUAGUGAUUCUUGGCUUGAGGAAGGUUGUCAUUUUCGUGUGGAGUUACUUGAAGAUGGGAUAUUAUAUUUUCUGAGAUUUGACAGUGUUUUUGGGUAUUCUGUUGUGCUGUAAUUAGUUCGACUGUCCUUGUUUCUUACAACUUUGAAGGUGGGGGAAUUCAUAGAUAACUUUCAUCUGCUUUCUCCCCUUUGGUUCUGCUUGAGUAGGAAAUAGACUAGUUUUUCUUGCACAGUGUAUUUAGCUUGAGUCAUUUAUCAAAAAUUUUCUCACCAUUCUUUUGCUUAGAAGUACAGUCGUGUAUGUAACUAUGUAAGCAUGUUUCGGGCUCCAGUUGUUUUUUGGUAGCGUGCUUUUAGCUUUUUCUGGUCUGUUCUUAGCUUCAACCAUGAAUACUUACAAUUCAGAUGCAGCAUUCGGGUCUUGUUUUCUUUUC